AUGUCUCUUAUGGUGACACUGUUUGUGGUGGCGUUUUUUACCCAGAGCUGGACUGCACCACAGUGGAGAAAUUGGACUCCUCAGGCUGUUCUAUAUCUCAAAGGAGCGCAGAGACAUCGCUCAGUGUUGGAGCGCGCCAACAGAGACAGAGAUGACACUCUGCAUUUAGUGACUCACAGCCAGAACGGUGACGGACUGGGUUUAUCUUGGGCUUCUCUGAUCCUUCUAGAACUUCUGCAGCGACGUGUUGAUGAAGGUGGACACAAAUUAGACGAUUACCCGGAUGAACAGGCGCUGAAUUUUUAG